CAAAUGUGGAGGAGGGUCCGAUCUGUAGUUUGGGGACACCUAUUUACCGCAUUUAUUAUGUUUCAUGUAAUUCACUCCUUUCUGAAUUAUAUAUAUAUAUAUAUGUUGUCAUUUUUGUAAAAUAUGUUUUGGGGUAAUUUUAUGGUAAAAAGCAAUUAUACUGCAGUGAAUGCCAUAAAAAUGUAGUUUAUUCAUGGGUUUAUGAAAUGUAAAACACUAAUAAUGUGAAUCUUGAAGUUUUGGGGAAGAUUUUCCAUCCCUUUUCAUAUAUUUCUUGGCAUCCUGACUGGAUGUUGGACUUUUCUAGACCUGAUCCACUGCUCUCCUGCGUUUAACCGUUGAGAUGCGUGAAGGUAAUCCCCACCAUGUGAGGCCUCGGCCCCAGUUUGGAGGCGGGGUGUUUUUCAUUCAAAUCUGCUGGCGCUAUAAAACCAGAGGAAAUUGCAAGUAACCCAACUUCAACCCACGAGCUCGUGGCGCAGCAAGCUGGUCCGGGCUGUCACAACCAGACAUGAUGAACACUGUGAAAGCUCUGAAAAACGCACUGGUGUGCCUGCUGCUGCUGCCGCGCUUUCUGCUGGCAGCUGUUGUGUUUUGGCUGCUUGACUUUUCCUGCAUCAGGAAAAGGGUUUUUCUGAGGAUGAAGGAGCAGGGAGGCGAUGAUCCUCCUCUGUGCAUCUCCGACUCCAACCGCCUGUUCAGCGUGGAGUCGCUCAAAGCGGUCUGGCACGGACACAAGCUGGACUUUCUGAAAGCGGCGCACCUGGGGCGCGGAGCGCCCAACACCGAAGUGGUCCAUCUGGAGGACCAGAGGCGCAGCCGGAUCCUGGACUACGCCAAGGACAAGAGACCGCUCAUCCUCAACUUUGGCAGCUGCACCUGACCGCCGUUCAUGGCGCGCCUGAAGGCGUUCCAGGGGGUCGUGCAGCAGAACGCGGACAUCGCAGACUCUUUAGUGGUGUACAUCGAGGAGGCGCAUCCUUCCGACGGCUGGAGGAGCACCGACGCGCCCUACCAGAUCCCCCAGCACCGGCGCCUGGAGGACCGGCUGAACGCAGCGCAGCUGAUGCACCUGGAGGUGCCCGGCUGCCUGGUGGUGGUCGACAGCAUGGAGAACUCCUCCAACGCGGCGUACGGAGCCUUUUUCGACAGACUUUACAUUCUGCAGGAGGGAAAGGUCGUUUAUCAAGGUGGCAGGGGUCCCGAGGGCUACCGGAUCUCAGAGCUCAGAGACUGGCUGGACCAAUACAGGAAGGGGAUGGAGAAGUCCAGUAAUCUAGUCAUCAAUAUGUAGAUUCUAUUUUUUAGAGCUGCUAUGACAGAAACAAAGAUGCUGCAAAAUUCCAGAUUAGUCAAAUGCAUUUUUAAUUUUACUUUUGAAUUUUCUGUACCCUGUAAAACAAUUUGUAUCAUAUUUAAUAUACACGUUUCUGACAUCUUUGUGAUCCAAACUUUUCUUAGAAAACUUUUCUUCCUUGUAGUUCAUUAUAAUUCCACUAGGGGCAGUAGAAGGGCGAUUCAAAGUUUCCGCCACGUGAAAUCUCAAAAACACUUAAAGAAAGUUCAGCAAAUUUGCGAAAAUUUGCGAUAAAAUCACCUCUUCUUUAGUUGUUCAUUUUUGAAAAUGGCUAUUUGCUGUAUUGAAAAAAUGAAAAAUGAAUUCUUUAUAGCACAGUUAAACUAUGUUAAAAAUGUGUGGAUCAAACUACAAUUGUUGCGAACAAAAACCCACCAAAUCACCCAACGUAUUAUAAUUCAUACAAUCUAUAACGAGAGAGAAAAAAAUUAACUAUACGUGCUUUGUUGUUCAUUAUUAUCCUAGGGCAUCAGAAGGACGUUUUUUUAUUUUUAUUUUUUAUUUUUCUCAUUUCAAAAAUGACUGAAUUCUCAAAGUUUUAGGAUGACAUUACCUCAUCUAAUGUUUUUUUAAUGGUUACAUGCUGUUUUGAAAUAAUGCAAACAUUGUUAAAAUUUUUCUUUAUAGCACAGCUACAACAUCUUUAAAAUGUGUGGAUCAAACUAAAAUUGUGAGGAAAAAUGUACCAUUUUACCAAACAUAUUAUAAAUAAUACUAUCUAUAUCUCGAGUAAAAACAAACAAACAAACAAACAAAAAACUAUUGAACUAUAACUUUUUUGUAGUUCAUUAUUAUCCCACUAGGGGCAGUAGAAGGACAUUUCUUGCUCAUUUCAAAAUGGCCGCCUCCACAAAUUCUCCAAAACACUUCAAGUUUAGCUAGUUUUAAAAAUUUUACAAUUACAUUACGUCAUCUAUUGUUGUUUGUUUUUUAACAUGGCUACUUGCUUUAUGAAAAUAAUAAAAAAAAAGUUGAAAAUUAAAUCUUUAUAGCACAGUUACAAUAUGUUCAAAAUGUUUGGAUCAAAUUUGAGACAGUGGGUUAAUAAGGUGAUUUUUUUUCCUUAACUCAUCCUAAACUAAAAUUGUUGUGAGCAAAAACUUAACAUAACCC